UAAACUGGUCCUGGCAAAAAUCAAGAUUUCUAAGAAAUAUGUUCAGUUUUGGUUCUCCUGCUCAUACUUCCUUAGUGCCAAUUGUCCCAAAAAAGGGGAGGAGCAACAGAAAUGAUCAAAUAUACCUCUUACAAGUACACACAAUGGCAUGAGUUUACAUUUCUGAAUUUAAUGUAUGCAAUGCAAUUUGCUUACAUGAAAUCUCGUAAUCUAUUCAGCUUUCUUUAUCUGCAGAGCUGGGUGCACGCAGAUAGAGAAGAAUUGGUAGAUUCAUAUUGACAAGCAGCCAAGAGACCUGGAUCUUGUUCCAGGCAGUCUCACAGACCUGCCAAUCUGGGCAGGUCAUUUAGGCUCCAGGGCCUUACCAGAAAAAUGAAGCUAAUAAUAAAUCUCAAUGCCACAAGGCUACUGUGUGGAACUAUAUCACAAACCCCAGACAGAAAGCCCCAUGAGCAUAAGUGGAAAGGAAUGUUAUUAACACUCCCUUUUCACAAGUCUUCUCCUCUGUUCCACCCGAGAGCUGAAGAUACUGCAGCCACAGUUCCUAGCAAGAAAGCAGACAGCAUGCCUUUAUCAAUGGGAGCACGCAGCUGUGUGCCUUGCAGGAUAAAGGCAUCAAUUUUAUUCCACACUGUGGAAUGGAGUCUAAUUAUACAGGGCACUGAGACCCUAUAGCAAGUGUCCUAAAAAGAGACCACUCUCAUUCAACUGAAUAAGCAGCCUUCAGCCCUUUCCACUGACAAACUAUUAUCACCCUGGCUCAUUUAGAAGCCUGUCCCCCUUAGCAUCCUAUAGACCCUCCUCCACGGCAAGCAAAGGGAGGCCUUAGAACCACAGAGCUGUUACUAUGGCAGCCAGCCCUCUCACCCCCACUCCCACCACUAUAGAAUUAUCCCCUUCUGAAAUGUCCUGUUGUGUUCCUGACACCAAAUUUCCCCUCCCUUUCUGCAACUCCCUCCAAGCCCUCUACGAUGGUCAGAGGGCUCCAAAGACAGUGCAAAAAGCAGAGGUUCAGAGAUACUUGAAUGAUCAGGACAAACAUUGGAAUAUUCUUAAAUACCACAGCGACUCCCCCUUCCAAGAGCUCUGCAGGAAUGAAAACCGUCUUUCACAACAAGUGUGUUAUCUAUUCUCCUCCCAUGUGAGCAAGAUGAUAAUGGACUAUCACCACUAGCAGGGCUCUAUAUACUGCAGAUUCUUUCUUCCACAGAAUAUACCACUGUUUGCAUCUUCUACAUCAGCACACAGUUUUCAGCCUUGCUGUCUUUCCUACUUUUGCUGCCAUCCUGAGAAGCCAAGAAGAGGUUUACCCUUUGCUCCUAUAGGACUGCAGGCUGCAAGAGGUUUCACAAGCUACAGUGAAGAAUGAACAGUCAGGCAGAUGCUUCAGGUCUCUUCUCCAACACUUCCCUGGAAAGUUCAGAACAAUGUGGCAAGGAGACCCAUAUGGAAAAUGUCCUUUUUGCUACUUUCUACCUGGUGGAUUUCAUGCUAGCCUUUGUUGGCAAUGCCCUGGCUCUUUGGCUUUUUAUUCGGGACCAAAAGUCAGACACCCCAGCCAACAUCUUCCUGAUGCAUCUUGCUGUGGCCGAUCUGUCUUUUGUGCUAGUUUUACCAACCCGGUUGGUAUACCACUUUUCAGGCAAUCACUGGCCAUUUGGAGAGAUCCCGUGCCGACUCACAGGCUUCCUUUUCUACCUCAACAUGUAUGCCAGCAUCUACUUCCUCAUGUGCAUCAGCAUAGACCGCUUCCUAGCCAUUGUACACCCUGUGAAGUCUCUCAAACUCCGCAGGUCACUCUAUGCCCACUUGGCCUGUGCUUUCUUGUGGGUUAUAGUUGCUGUGGCUAUGGCCCCUCUUUUGGUCAGUGUACAGACAGCAGAAAUGAACAACACCACCAUCUGCCUGCAGCUCUAUAGAGAGAAGGCUUCUCGCCAUGCUCUUGUGUCACUAGCUGUGGCAUUUACCCUUCCAUUUUUCACUACUGUCACUUGCUACUUAUUGAUCAUUAGAAGCCUGAAGAGAGGGAACCGAAUUGAGAAUCAUCUAAAAGAAAAGGCCAUCAAGAUGAUAAUCAUGGUUCUUAUGAUCUUCUUGGUCUGCUUUGUGCCCUAUCAUAUCAACCGCUACAUUUAUAUCCUCAAUUAUGAUGGCGUGAAGACUUCUUGUGAAAUGCAGCGGAUCCUGGCUCUUGGCAAUCGCAUUACUUCUUGCCUCACCAGCUUAAAUGGUGCACUAGAUCCUGUCAUGUAUUUUUUUGUUGCUGAGAAGUUCCGUGAAGCUUUGUGUGGUUUGUUUUGCAGCAAACGGGCUGCAAGGCUAACUUCAAGUUGUGAAGGGAAAACAAAUGACAGUUCCUUAAGUGCUAAAUCUGAACUGUAAAUAUAAGAAAACAAGUGUUAUUAUGCAGUGUUAUUAAGUCCCCCAAACAACCAAGUAGUGUUUCUUUACAGAGCUGUACAGGCAGAUCUCAUGCUUCAUUUCUGAGAAAACAAAGGAAAAGACAAGCGCUAACGGGGAGAACAGUGGUGGAUGAUUUGUCACUUCUGAAGAAGAUGCCCCACCUAUUUUCCACCUCUUUGUUCCAGUGCUUCUUAGUUUCAAACAAUCUCCCCCACUGGUUUCAAUUGGAACUGAGGUGCCCAAUUCUGGGACCUCUCAGGGAAUGGAGAGCUUUGGAUCCAGUGAAUUCAAGGCUGUCCCUGCCUGCACAGGAAUGCUGUGACUACCACUGAUGGUAAAUCGAUUGCUGUAGAGCCCUCUAUAACCAUACUGUGGCCUCCAGGGCAGAUAUCCUCCACCUGUAUCUCCAAGAAUUCUUCUUUGCCACUGAGACACUUCUACUCCAUCAAGAUUCCCUCCGAAUAUAGGGGUCAGCACUACUUUAAUAGCCUUUGUUCAAAGCAUCCACCAGUAAGUACUAAUUCACAGUGGACGAUAUACUACAAUACAGCUGCGCUUCUCCUUGUCUGGUCUUAAUACAAAUAAUGGAAUAACUGGAGAUUAAAAAAUAAUACAAGUACUAAAUACUGCAAUUACUUCAUAAAAUAAUUUUGCAUUGAAAAAUGUUAGUCCUUUCAGAUAUCUAACAAGUAGACUACACAGCUAGGAUACAGCUAUCCUGACAUCCACAGCUUAUCCUCUGAUUCUAAUUUUGGCAUUCUAGAAAGACUAGAAAUUUAACUAAAUUGCCCAAUUUUGCAGUUCAAAACUGACCAAAUUUUAAAAAUGUAUUCAAUAGCUAGGUAUAUAUUGCUCCAAGAACAUUGUGAAUGUUGAUUCUGAUGUGUCACAAUAAGUUAUGGUAACUUUACCACAGCUACAAGAAAGAGAGAAUAUUUUGAUUCUCCAUGUUGUAGAAAUAAUUGUCUCUGUCAUUUUUUCCCCUUAUAUACCAUAAAUGCUAUGUCACAAUUUAAAGGUACAAUCCUUUGGAUGUUUUGUCAGAAGGCUUGCCUAUAACAUAGGAGUGGUAGGAAUUGUUUCUGUCUAAAAAGGCACCCUAGAGCUCUUAUUUGUUAGGGUCUUCAUUGCAGGUAUUAUUUUCAAUAACAUGUUCUGAACAAAAAUUAUAUUCUGUGUCUGUUUUUAUGUGACUGUAUAUAAUUAAUGAAUUGCCUCUCAGUCAUACAUGACUCAAAAGGUUUCUAGGGAGCUUUGCUGCAGCUAAAUGUGUUCAGUUAACCAUUUGCCAUGUCACCUUUUUUAUGGCGUUGCCUGUGAUUUAAUGCAGCCUGUACCUACCAUCUCUGCAAGGCAAUGAUCCUCACACCUGAGCAACAACAUCAGUACAUCUGCCCACUGCAUCAAUAAUAUCUCCUGCUGCAAUUCUGGCACUUUUUUUUGUUCUCUGCAUAUUCCAAAUUUUAUAUGCUACACACACAAAAAAUCAGUUGUUUUGAAUUUCUGUUCCUCAUAGUAUUUGGGAGAAAAACACUAAAUGUUUAUCUGUCACAUUAUGCUUAUGCAACUUAGCAUCCAACUAUAGAAUCUUGACCACAAUUUAGUGUAACUAAAAACCCUGGGACACAAAUUACAACAUGUUUACCUUCUUUUAAUAGUCUUCAUUCUACUAGUUCUACUACAUGGAAAAUAUAUAUUAAAAAGUUGUUUGUGAAGGUUCAUGUUAUGAACAAAUAAAUGAUUCUUUCCACUCAUAGGUCACUCCAGGAGGUGAGAAUGUGAACGCAACUUCCAGAUAGAGAUCAGAUGCAGGAAAGCCUAAAGCUAAGAUAUGAUAUAAGUCACUCUUUCUAUUUUUACUUCAUUGAUUUUAUGCUUUCUUUAAAAACUUGUUUAUAUUUUUCACAUAUCUAAAAUACAUAAAUUCAAAGAGAGAAUAUAUCUUAAUUUUAAGCAAAUAUUCUGCCUAUCAAUCUGCUACUGGUAAGUGAACUUGACUACAUCUUCAUGUUUAUGUGUUCUCUCUCUCACUGCAUCUUGUACAAAAUCUUUUGAACAGUUUUAAGAAUGGCUCUCUUUUAAUUCCUUCUCUAGAUAUUACCUUUUCAUUCAAUACUUGCCUAUUCUUUCUGACAACAUCUAUUCCACAAUGCAUUUAAGAGCCAGCUUCAGAUACAAGGUCUCUUCCUGACUUAUCUCAGAAGGCUACUUAUCAUUUUACUCACUCAACAUAUGCAACUCACCGUUCACAUGCUAAAACCAUCAUGUGAGAGAUUAAUGUGCAUUUGAAAAACACAGUCAGUGCUUUAAGAGAAGGUCUGUGUAUACAGUAGCAAUUGUUCAGUCUCUGUGCUCAUAUGUGCAUUUCUUCAAUGUGUGCUCUUUCUGAUUCUCAACCUCGAACUCCCCUUCACCAUAAGAAGUGAUUCUUUCAAACAAAGAGUGCCUCACUGGAGAGUCAAACUGCAUCACCCCAUUCUUUAAAAACCCCAGAAUUUUUUCAUGUUCAUGCCCCCUGUC